AUGGCAUCCCUCACGUCGCCCACUCACAUGGAAAUGGAGCACGUGGAGGUCCCUCCAGAUGAUAAGGAUACCAAUCACGGAUCAGGUGAACUAGAUGAAGCAGGUUCUCUCGUCGAGAAAAGGCUUCUGAGGAGGAUUGAUGCUGUAAUGAUGCCGAUGCUCGUCUUUGGUUAUCUCUUGCAGUAUAUGGAUAAAGUAUCACUGGCAAAUGCCAGUAUCAUGGGCGUCAUUCCCAGCUUGCACCUUCAUGGACAACAGUUCUCUUGGCUCAGUGGCAUAUUCUACUUUGGAUACCUUGCUGCUAGCUAUCCAGUGUCCGUAAUUUUGGUCCGAUUCCCCCUUGGAAAGACAUUGGCUAUAUCGACAAUUUUCUGGGGGGUAGUUCUGAUUUGUCAUUCUGCAACAUUCAGCUUUGCUGGAAUGAUGGUUGUGCGUACAUUACUUGGAGUUUUGGAAAGCCCAAUAGGCCCUGGCUUUACUUUGAUCACAAGUAUUUGGUACAGGCCAUCCGAGCAUGCUGCACGUCAUGGCCUCUGGUACGCUGGAAAUUCACUGGGUGCAAUGACCGGAACACUCGUUGCAUACGGUUGCGCUCACAUCCAAAAUGGGCCUUUAGCUCCCUGGCGUUGGCUUUUUAUUGUCCUUGGAUCUAUCACCAUUCUUUGGGGAAUCGUUCUCGUGUUUAGGCUCCCUGAUUCCCCCUUUAAGGCAAGCUUUCUAAGUCCGGCGGAUCGCAUCGCUGUCAAUGAAAGGGCCCAGGCGCAACAAAAGACUACCAAGACAAAUGAAUGGUCAUUGACCCAAUUUUUGGAAGCCUUAAAGGAUCCAAAAACCUGGUUUCUUUUUUUGAUUGAGGCCACUGCAACGUUGGUAAAUGGUAUUAUCUCUAAUUUCACCUCCCUUAUUCUCUCGACCUUUGGGUUCACGCAGUUGACAACUUUAUUACUGAACCUACCCAUAUACGCGUUUCAACUCUUUAUUAUUCUCUCCUCUACCGCUCUAGCUCAUCGACUUCGGAGGUCACGACUCAUCAUCUGCAUGGCAGGCAACCUUAUUGCGAUUGUUGGAGUUUUGCUUAUCCGCCAAAUUCCAUUUACAAACAAAGCUGGAAGGCUUGUCGGUCUCAUGUUACUGUUUGCGUCGAGCAACAACUUUCCUCUUUUUUUAAGCCUAAUCUCAAGUAAUGUGGGUGGCUUCACCAAAAGGGCCACCAGUAAUGCUGUGUUCUUCAUAGCAUACUGUGCAGGAAAUAUUGCCGGUCCACAGCUUUAUAUCGCAUCAGAAGAGCCAGUCUAUCAGACUGCUUUCACUUCAAUGCUUAUAAUUUUCAUUGUUGAUAUUGUACUUCUGGUUCUAUUCAGACUAUAUCUCAACUAUGAGAAUAAAAAGCGCAAUCUAGAGCAGGGAUUUGAAAUCGACCCUGAAGCGCCAAGUGUUGAGAAUUUCACAACCUCCAUGGGAAGGACGCCUAGCGAGGUGGAAGAGAGAGAGGACCAAACAGACUGGGAAAACAGAACCUUCCGUUAUAUCCUGUGA